AUGAGCGGGCUCGCGUCCCGCGGUCCAGGGGCAGGGGCGGCCGAGCAGGCGCCGCGGGGCCGGCCUCCCGGGGGGCCCCGGCAGCCGCCGCCCCCGAGCACGACAGGCGCGGCCGCCCAGGGCGGUGCCGCGGGAGAGGGCAGGGGCCGGAAGGAAGAGGGAGGAUUCGGACAAAGCCCGGCCGGCCGCCCCCCCGCCGCGUUCCCGGGAGCGCCCCCCCCCCCGCCGCUCGGGGUCCGCAGCUGUUCCGCGAGCCGCCCCCCCCCCCCCGCAGCGCAGCGCAGCCCGGGGACGCGCGGAGGGGACCGACCGCGGGGCGCCGCCGGGGAUGCGGGGCGGGGGCGCGGCGCCAAGGGCCCGACGAGGGGGCGCCACAAGUGCCCGUUGGGGUGCCGCGGCGGGGGACGGCCGGCCGCUCACCGUGCUGCUCCCGCGGGGCCGCGCGCUCGCUGUCAGCACCGGGAGGGCGCGGGCGCGGGCGCGUGCGCGGAGCCGGGCUGCGCGGGGCCCGCUGCCUCGAUGCCUCAGGCGCGGCGCCGCGGUCACGAGCGAGGGGCGCCGGCGCGGCCGCCCCGCAGCAUCCUCGGCCGCCCGCGAGCGCUGUCCCCCGCGGCUCCUCCCUGCAGCCGCCGCCCCGCGCCCGUCGGCUCCUGCUCUGCUCCGGCUCCGCCGCGCCCGCCGCCGAAAAUGGCGUCUCGGCGUCCCUCCCCCGGCUCGGGGCUCCCGCCCCACAAUGCCCCGCGCGGCCGGUCCUCAAGAAUCCGAGCUCAGCGGGACUUUGCAGGCCUCGCUCGGAACUGCACCGCCAGGCUGGGCAGGGAGAUGCCAUCCCCGCGGCCGCACGCACCCCCUCCCCCGCGGCAGCCGUGCCACGACCUCCAGCCCCCGCCUGAAGGGCAGUACUUCCAGUCUCCACGCCCCCCCAGCCCGGGCGCCGCCCCCGCCCCCGCCCCCCCCAGCGCCCGCAAAGCUGAGCCGGGCCUCCGUCGGGCCCCGCGGCGCGCCCAGGUCACGCCCCCUCUGGUCUGCGGCCUGGGUCCUGACCGCGACGUCACGGGGCUGGGGCUGCUUUUCCUCUGCGGAGCUCGAGCCGCGACCGAGGCUGCGGGACCGCCCCCGCCCGACAGCACCCAGCGCUUGGGGAGGCGGGCCGGGCCUGCCGCAGGAGUGCCCGGGGACCCCAGCAAGCCCGAGUCGCCCCCGCCCGCCCGCACCCCGGCCCCGGCGAGCCUGAGGGGGCCCAUUCCUGGCCUCAGCCCCGGAGGGCGGAGGAUUUCAGUCAUGUGCUUCCGAGCCCCCUAG